CAGCUAUCACUCGGUAUCGAGUAGUACACAAUUAUUAAAGACGAGUUCAAUUCCCUUUCUAUUGAGAAGAGCAUGUUUAUUGCCAGCCAUGCCACUUGCACGAGAUCUACUAAACCCAAGCCUUGAGAGUGAGAAGAGGAGGCACAAGAAGAAGCGUCUUGUGCAAAGUCCUAACUCUUACUUCAUGGACGUGAAGUGCCCAGGCUGCUACAAGAUCACAACAGUGUUCAGCCAUGCACAGACUGUUGUUUUGUGUGUAGGUUGCUCAACCGUGCUCUGCCAACCCACCGGAGGGAAGGCCCGACUAACGGAGGGAUGCUCCUUCAGGAGAAAAGCUCACUAAAUGUGGGAGUGGAUUGGGAGUAAAAAGGAUAAAACCGUGGGUUGAUGGAGCACCGCCACACCUCUGCUGUCUUGUAAGAUGAUCUUGGAGCGUACGCAGCUAAAGAAGACAAGAGAAAGUUAUAUGUUAAUCACAUCAAUACAUGUAUUAUAAUAAAUGGUGUUUGGCCAUCGUCUCACAUCAA